GUUUACUCAAGAAGCAGCAUCAUGCCCGAUCCAGCCAAGACCGCGCCCAAGAAGGGAUCAAAGAAAGCCGUGACCAAGACGGCCGGCAAAGGAGGCAAGAAGCGCAGAAAGUCCAGGAAGGAGAGCUACGCCAUCUACGUGUACAAGGUCUUGAAGCAGGUGCACCCUGACACCGGUAUCUCAUCCAAGGCCAUGGGCAUCAUGAACUCCUUCGUGAAUGAUAUUUUUGAGCGCAUCGCCGGUGAGUCUUCUCGUCUGGCUCAUUACAACAAGCGCUCCACUAUCACCUCCAGGGAGAUCCAGACCGCCGUGCGCCUGCUGCUUCCCGGCGAGCUGGCCAAGCACGCCGUGUCCGAGGGUACAAAAGCCGUCACCAAGUACACCAGCUCCAAGUAAAGCGCGUUACAGCCGUCUUCAUCAACCCAACGGCUCUUUUAAGAGCCACCCACUUUUCAUACAAAGAGUAAUUUUCUCUCUUUCGUUUUGUCUCUCGCUGUGUGUGUGUGUGUGUGUGUGUGUGUGAGAAAGAGCGAGCGGGAGGGGGACUUCUGAAGCGCUGCACUCCCGCGGAUGUUCAGGCUUUUUGGUAAUUCUAGCAGUCUGCUAAAUGCAGAGAUGAGUAAAUCUAAACAGGGUUGUAGCACGGUUUCGGGGGUUGUAUAAUCUGAACAAUGCAAAAUGGGACGUUAGCAGCACAAAGUUAUUCGUAUUAAGAUUGUAGCAACAGGAAGUAGUUGAAAAUGGUUUUCUACUAGCACAUAAUCAUUCUACAUCAGGGGUGCUCAAACUUUUUCCUGUGAAGGGCCAAAAAUCAAACUUGAUUGAGGGCUGUGGGACAAAAGUAAAUGUUGCAUUAUACCAAACUGUAUUAUAUUAAAAUUAAAGUUGCCAUGGUUCUCAUUUAUCAUUUCAUAAUAUUUACAAAUAAAUAAAUUAAUAGAAAACGUUAGUCUGUAUCUGCUUCACUAAUGCAGUUUUAUUUUCAGAGUUCUAUAGUUCAAUGAAACUUAUAGUUUAAUUAAAACAUAGAACCAAUCCCAUUUAUAAUACAUGUUCAAUACCUCAUACAACUAUUCAAGCUAUAAGCAAUACAGCCACGUGUCUGCAAUAUCAGUGACCUCUAAUGAGACACAUGAAGCUGGUCCU